ACAUAAACAACAAAUUCGACGGAGAAAAAAGAGGAAAUUGCUUAAUUACCAAAGUUCAAGAGUACUUUGCAAGUUUUGUUAUUCAGAUUCGAGAUUUCGAGAAGUUAAUUCAUUUUGUGACGUUUUUCUCAAAAAUUGGAUAUCAAAAUAGACCCGAUACGAAACAGAAAAGUACACUUUGCUCCGCAAUCACAUACAAUAGAGGAUAUUUCACCAUCCGAUUUAGCUCCAACAACAUCUUCAUUUCACACAUUCACAUUUCUCAAUAGCAAUUCAGCAAUGGAUAAAAGCCCAAAUGGUCAAGAAUCUCAUUUACUCCGUGUGACACCAAAUGAAGCAAUUAUCUUUACCAAAGUCGAGAAUGAACUUUACGGGCAAGUUCAGUUGACAAACAUUGACUUCAAUCCAGUUACCUAUAAAAUUAAAACAACUGCUCCUGAAAAGUUCCGUGUUCGUCCAUCAAGCGGCGUUCUCACAAAAGGAGGCACACAAACCAUCAACGUCAUCUUCAACCAAGGGCAUACUUGGAAUCGUGAUAAGUUUCUUGUGAUGUGCAUGAGUUUGGGCGUUGACGAGCCAACAGAUCAACAACAUUUGACCGAAUUGUGGAAAAAUACAUCAACUUCGUCGACAAACAUUGAACAACAUCGUUUGAGAUGCCAAUUGCCGGAUGAUGCGAAGGAAAUGUCAUCUGCUUUCAAAAAUGGCAUGGGACACGAUUCGUAUGAUGGAAGCACGGGAGGCAAUCGUACACAAACACAAUUAAAUCAUACGUUAACUUGCAUCACGGAGACAUUGCAUCGUUUGGAAGGACAAACACGUUGGACCCAAACGAUGCAAUGGGUUUGUUGUCUUCUCUUUAUCGUACUGUCGAUCGCAAUAAUUUACAUCCUGAAAAUAGAAAUUAACAAUAGCAGUUAUGAGUACUGUCUGAAACAUUAGGAUCACGAGGAGGAAGAGUGGGAAAAUAAUAUUUAAUUCCGCUUUUCCAUGUCGAAUUUUCGUUUCUCAUCUCACAUCACUCUCAUCGAAUUUAUGCAAAUGUUUCUCAUCUAUCGGAAAUACGCUUCUUGACAAUAUUAUCGACAAAAACUAAUGUAAUUGCAUGAUUUUCCGUAUAUUUGUCAUUUUCGGUGAAGUUUUUUUUUCAACAAAAGUAUUUCGGAAUUGUUAUCUCAUAAAUUAAAAGACUACAUUAGGAAUCUACCUGCAACUAUUUGUGAAUAUUUUAGAUUUUGACCUAUUUAAUUAAUUAGUUUUAAUCUGUUUUGUUUAAAAUAAACUUGUU